AUGAAAUUUUAUCAGAAUAAGCGCUUUACAGAAAUACCCUAUAUUUACAUCAUUAUUAUUGUUGGCAUAGUUGCUUGUAUAGCGAUCGGAUUCUUCUGGAAAGUUACUGCACACAUAUUUGGCGCAGAGCGCAGUGUAGCAUUGUUAGCAGCUACCUUCUCGUUAGCACUGUUGGAUUGUUCAUCAAGUCUAAUAUUUGCCGAUUACAUGAAACGAUUCCAGCCACAAUAUUUGAAUGCAAUGUUUUUUGGUGAAAGUUUUACGGCUACAAUUCCAACAAUACUUGCACUGAUACAAGGAGUCGGUGCUUAUCCAUUAGCAUGUGUUGUUAGUUUAAAAUAUCCAAUACUUAAAAUUAAAUGGAUUAUUUUCGGAACACUUGUUUCUUUUAUUGCUUGCAUAUUCAUUCUCCACAUCGCGUCCAAAAGUCCAUGUCCAAUGUUGUCUGAUACUAUGCAGGGUGGUAUGUUAUUAACAUUUGUGUGGUUUCUUUCGUCGUUUUCAGGUGGCUAUGCUCGAGUAGUAAGUGGAAAUAUCAUUAAACGAUCAUGGAAAAAGACAUCGGGAUUAUUCUGGUUUGGUGUCACAGCACAGUCAGGCGUAUGUUUUGGAGCAAUACCCAUGUAUGUUGUUAUUAAUACAUUUAAAUUGUUGGAAGACAGACGCCCGUGUGAGAAAUAUUGUCUAUAA